GGGUGACUACGACAUGCACGGCACGGAUAAAUCGUCCCUACCAUCACGCACCGCUACCGAGAUGCUCAGGUUAGCAUAGACCGAAUCCUGUAUACACAGGUCGGAAUGAUCCAUCGGGCCAACGGUCGGUUGCCUGGUGUUCUAUUGUGCCCGUGGCCUUCAAACUAUAUGUCAGCGUAUACUAUGCGUCAGCCUCUGCUUCGACAGGUUUAAAGGGAGGGCGAGGUAGACUUUUAAGUCUCAUCUAACGGCUUCGUGGAGGUCAAAUGUCUUCAGGCUUAACGACCAUUCCUUCUCGGGGACGAUGCAUCCAAACUACUGACGACAGUUUACAAUGUCAGUGUGUAUGGUUUACCGAGCCGACGCCGCCCCUGCUGAACCAGUUUAUCUGUGCCGCUUGCGGACAUGGUAUCCAUUCUCAUGUUGAUUAUAUUUCAACAACGGUCUGUCAUAAUUCUGCAACCAAUUGUGCUGCUUGCGUUCAAAAUAUGCCGUUGGCACAACGAUGCACAUGUUCAACGCACCUUGCUGAUCAUAUGCCCAUCCUGAAUCCGCAUCGUUUUCAGGAUCCAUUUUAUGUUUUGGACCUUCUCGCGCCCAGUCCCGGGGUGAGAAGAGAUGGCCCACAUUUCGGUGCAGCUCACGAUCCGUCCGCCCUGGCGACUGACGUGCCCUGUCUUCCUACUAAGACCGACACGACAAAUAUUACACACUUACAGGCCUACGCGUCCUCUCCUUCACCCGACGAACCAAUGACUACAACUCAGAGCUCCGAUCAGCACGAAUUUCUUUUCAGGUACUAUGUUCCGCGUACAAAGCUUUAUCCACCGAUCGCGGAGACAUCCCCGCAUUGAUCUGCCGCUGCUAAUUAUUGAAUGUACUAUACUGUAAAGAUUUACUUGUCUUUGAUGUUUCCGUUUACAUGUUAU